UGUCGAGCCCCCAAUAAUUUUUCAUGUUAUUUGUGGAAACAGUUUCCAUCUGUUUCGGCUUCUGUAACCUAUUGCAUUUCCAUUGUGGGUCGUGGUUGGUUGCGCCUGUGAGUGAGUUGGCACAAAUGUGGGGGAGAUAAGGUAUUUUUCUUCUUGACAACUUUUUCAAGGAAAAAACAGGAGGAAGUCGAUGAUAAUUAGUACGACUAGACAGGUGUUGCGAGUUGUAGUUAAUUCUGUUGCGAUACGGAGAUUUAAUUAUUCAAAGGGUGAGUUAUUAGUUGAAGUUAAAAUGACUGCUGACAAGAAACCCUUCAACCGGCUUCCCACUGAUGUGAGACCGUAUCAUUACGAGAUAAGCCUCACCCCGGACCUCAAGAAUUUCACUUUCGAGGGGACGCAGAAUGUCGAGAUUGAGGUGAAGAAUUCGACUGAGAAGGUCGUUCUUAACUCACUCGACAUCGAUAUCAAGAAGGUCGUCUACAAGAAUGGCGAGGGUGCCAGUUUUGAGGCGAAAAAAAUCGACGUCUCGGUGGAGAAUGAGACGGCCACUCUCCUGUUUCCUGAGAAGCUACCAGUUGGCAAGAAUGGAAGACUUUAUUUUGAUUUCGUGGGGGAGAUCAAUGACAAGAUGAAGGGAUUGUACAGAAGCAAGUACACUGGUGCUGGAAAAGACAAAGAGCCUGUUGCCGUCACUUAUCUCUGUCCCACUUCGGCACGCCGAUUAUUUCCGUGUUGGGACGAGCCAAGUAUCAAGGCAGCAUUUGGCAUAACACUUAAUCUCCACAAUUUGCCCAAUGCUAUUGGCCUUUGCAAUAUGCCCGUGGAGCGCGUGGAGAAGAAGGACAACCUAGAAAUCAUAAAAUUCCAGAAGUCCCCAAUAAUGUCCACCUACCUCGUGGCAGUAGUCGUAGGUGAAUUUGACUUCGUAGAGGACAAAACAACGGACGGUACAGUGGUCCGGGUCUACACCCCAAAGUCCAAACAAGAACAAGGUCGUUUUGCCCUGGAAGUAGCCACCAAAGUCCUCCCCUACUACAACAAGUACUUCGGCAUCUCGUACCCCCUCCCAAAGAUGGAUCUCAUAGCAAUAGCAGAUUUUUCAGCCGGUGCAAUGGAGAACUGGGGCUUGGUGACUUACAGAGAGACAUGCCUCCUGGUAGACCCCCAAAACACAUCAGCAGUCUCAAAACAAUGGAUAGCAUUAGUGGUAAGUCACGAACUCGCCCACCAGUGGUUCGGUAAUUUAGUUACGAUGGAGUGGUGGACACAUCUGUGGCUGAACGAGGGUUACGCAUCCUUCGUGGAGUUCCUCUGUGUGGCCCAUCUGUUCCCCGAGUACGACAUUUGGACUCAAUUUGUCACCGACACAUACAUCAAAGCCCUCGAGCUCGACGGUUUAAAGAACAGUCAUCCAAUAGAGGUGCCAGUGGGCCACCCAUCGGAGAUCGACGAGAUAUUCGACGACAUAUCCUACAACAAAGGUGCAAGUGUCAUCAGAAUGCUUCACGCCUACAUCGGCGACGAUGACUUCAGAAAGGGAAUGAACAUUUACUUAAAAAGGCACAGUUACAGUAACGCCGAAACCGAGGAUCUCUGGGCAGCUCUCGAGGAGGCCAGCAACAAGCCAAUUAGAGCUGUAAUGUCCACCUGGACAAAGCAAAUGGGAUUUCCAGUGCUCAAGGUAGACGAACGUCAAGAUGGAAACGACAGAAUUCUCUCCUUAUCUCAGGAGAGAUUUCUGGCUGAUGGAUCUGUGGACAAGGACUCGAGCCUCUGGAUGAUUCCAGUGAGUGUCAGUACCUCAAAAUCCCCAGGAGAAGUGGCCUUCAGUACUGUUAUGAGCGAUAAAAUCAAGGAAGUGGUGAUCAAGGACGUGCCUGAGGGCUCGUGGAUUAAAAUCAACCCAGGAACGAUUGGAUUCUACAGGACACGUUAUACACCUGAGGCACUCUCCUCCCUGAUGCCAGUCGUGAAGGAUCGUUCACUGCCACCUUUAGACAGACUCGGUCUUCUCGAUGAUCUCUUUGCCAUGGUACAGGCUGGCCACGCCUCCACGGUUGAAGUCCUCAGGUUCAUGGAGGCCUUUCAACUCGAGGAUAAUUACACCGUGUGGUCGAGCAUCGCGAGUAGCCUUGGAAAAAUUGGGAUUCUCCUGAGUAAUCUUGAGAGUGAGGACAGCUUCAAGGCUUUUGGCAGGUCCCUCUGCAAGGAUAUUGCUUCGAGACUGGGGUGGGAUCCGAAGCCCAAUGAGAGCCAUCUGGACACUCUUCUGAGGUCGUUGAUUCUCAACAGAAUGGCCUCAUUCAGGGAUGCUGAUACCAUCAGCGAGGCGAAGAAGAGGUUGCAUCUUCAUGUCACUGGGAAAUGUGUUCUUGCUGCUGAUCUCAGGAGUGCUGUCUACAGGGCUGCACUCUCUGAUGGCGAUCUUCAGACUUAUGAGGCCAUGUUGAAGCUGUAUCGACAGUCAGAUCUUCACGAGGAGAAGGACAGAAUUCUCAGGGCUAUGGGGGCCAUCAGGGACGAGGAGUUACUCACUAAAGUCCUUGAGUUUGCCAUGAGUGAUGAGGUGAGGGCUCAGGACACUGUUUUCGCCAUCAUCUCGGUGUCCAUGAACUCCAAGGGACGAAUAAUGUCUUGGGAGUUCUUUAAGAGGAAUUGGCAGAUUCUCAUGGAUCGCUAUUCUGGGGGAUUUCUUCUUGCUAGACUCAUUAAACACGUCACUGAGAAUUUCUCGUCUGAGGAGAAGGCUGUCGAGGUUGAGAAUUUCUUCAAGGAGCAUCCCACACCUGGGGCUGCCAGGACUGUGCAACAGAGCAUUGAGAACAUCAGACUCAAUGCUGACUGGCUCAAUAGGGAUCGUUUCGCCAUUGAGAAGUUCCUUAAAGAACGCGGGUAUUAAUGUUUCUAGGGAAUUUUUAAACCGUUUGAUGGAGGUUUUUGUAUUUCUUUUGUAUUUUUAAGUGUGUUGCUAGAUCCUGGUGUGGAUCAAACGCCUUUGUAUACUAUCAUUUCGAAAAUAUAUGAAUGUCAUUCUGUAUUCAUUAACACA